UCGAGCUUCCAAACUGCUGCAGUUAAGUUUGAAGCGUCUCAGUUUUUUUGUUUUGUUGCACUAAUGAACAAACAAAGUGGAUAUGAAGUUACUUUUGAAACGUAACACCACACUGCGACGUGUUUUGCCUUAGUUUUUUAAGGAUAUAAGUCGAAGUUGGAGAAGAAUCGAGGCGUCCGGCGGCUCCUGGAGGAUUGAAUACAUUUCAGAUGAUCUUCACUUGAGCUUAACGCCAAGCCCUACUGGCUAUCACUCUCCAUCUCCAUUCAGAAACAUGGCAGACAGUUUUUACAAGCUGGAAGAUGAAGCCUUCCCCAGUUUUCUCUGCAAGUCUCUGGACAGCACCAGUGGCCGCGCCACACUGGGGAAUGUAACAUUGGGUUCAGGUCCAGGACUUCCAGUGGCUGCCUCUACAGUGGCUAAAAUUAGACCUGUAUCUGACAACAGAGAUGAUGCUGUUGAUGCAUCAUAUCUGGAGGGCAGAACAUCGCAGCGGGCCAGCUCACACUCAUCUGUAGGAGAACAGCCAAAGUUUUCUCUUGGCUUUAAAGAUGAUUUGGACAAUGCUGAUGACUUCAUCGCGGCCCACCGUCUUUCAGACUUGCUUGUUAAAAUUAAUCUGGAUGAGAGUGUGUCCAGAAACCCAGGAUCUACAGUGGGGCUUCCUUCCACUCAGACAGGCUUAGUCCAAGGACGGCCAACAGAAUUUGGAACAGAACUGUCUAUAGGACUUCUGACAUUUUCUCAGUUUGGACCUAAAGAUAUAACUGAUGAAAAGACUCAGCCUUUUCCAGCCACAGCUGAGGAGGACAACGUGCAGAGUGAAGUAGUGGAUAGUGACCAUUUCAGUGGCAGCAAUUCAAGCUUCCUGGCAAAUGAAAAGCUCAUGUCUGUCGACAGCAUUACCAGUGAUAUCACAGAUGAUGAUAUUGAUUCAAAUGAUCUGCCUGAUGAUGAGCUGGAGCUCUAUUUCAAUAAGCUGGUGCCUCCUGCCAUGCAGAGGGGAAGAGUGGAGGGCCAGGAGAUUCCUGCAUCAUACUCACAGGGACUGCCAACAACUGCUGAUGACAUAUCCAACCCGAGUUCUACAGAGCCAGACCACCAUAGACACCACUUCCUUGAUGACUACAAUCAGGAGGACUUUCAGAUGCCGAAUGUGCGCCUGGCUGCUACAGGUAUGGACUCGUGUCCUGCCAGUGAUGAGGACACUGAGGACGAGCUAGACUCUGCCAGAAAGAACAGUAAUUCUUCCAGAACAAGGCUGCUGCCUAGCACCUCCAGGCAACUGGUUGGAGAGAGUCAUCGUCCCAGUUUCAGGCCUGGAUUAGAGGGAGGGAGUUCUGAUGAUGAGGCUUCCAGUGGCCGGGGCGGUCCAUCUCUGUCUGGGAUUGAACACAGACGAUCAGCUGAGGGACAAGUCAUCAACCUCCCGGUCCCAGGAGAUGGAGGAGGUGGGGAUGGUAGCAGCGGGAGUGAGGAAAGUGGAAAUGACGGUGGAGUUUCAACCAUCCCUCUCCCAGCAACUAACGUCCAAACCACUUACGAUGUCCUGCGAGGGCUGGGGAUUGUGGGUAGCAGUGCUGUUGGUGAAGAUGAGGACAGCGGUCUGAAUAAUCUGCCAGUGCACGGAAGGAACGGUGUCUCAAGACAUACUGAGAUGGGUGACCGUGUGGGUCCUGUAGGAACUGGAGAGGCCAGCUCCUCCUUGAGAGCAUCGGGGGGAACUCAGAAAAUUGCUCCUGUCAACUGGAGCAUGGUGUUGGACCGACAGGAGGCGCUGGAUGCUAUGGAGAAUACAGACUCUGGGCCCACCGUUGACAGAUUGCUGGACUCAGCCUACUUGAGGCCUGGAGCUGGACUCAAGAGACAUCAGGACUCGACAAACUUAACUUUCUCCCACCUUCAAGGCACCCAGGGGAGCUUCCACCUCUCUCAGGUUCUGCUUCCAGAGUGUAGUGAUGAGAGUGAUGCUGAAGGAGUAGAUGAGCCUGACGGUGCCAGGUCUUCCUUGGGACUGAGGAAUGGGCCCUGUGGGGAUGUGAACGGUGCUGAGGCUUCAGGCGGCACUAGCGAGGAAGAAGAAAAUCCUCUUUCCACCUCCCUGGAACCCAAGUAUUUCUCCCAGAGUUUUCACCAGGACCCAGAAGAUUCAGAUGAUGGGUGGAACCACUGCCCAGACAACAUGGAACUGGAGUUCCAACAAGGUGCGAAUGCGACUCAGGGUGUAGUGUACCAGAAUGAAGAAGGGCAGUGGGUGACAGACCUUGCGUAUUACUCCUCCUUUGAGAAAGAGGUUGAUGGAAAGACAUCACAGAAGGACGAACAGUUUCCGACCGAGGAGUUUGUUUCUCCCAAUGAUGCUAUGGAAAAGAUAGUCAAAGAUCAAGAGGAAUUUGAAAAGGAGCACCAAUUCAUGCAGGAGGAGAAGAUUGAACCUGCCUCCAACAACACUACCUUUACCAGUGACUCAUCUUGGAAGCAUCCUACCAACAGCCAUAUCUUAAUGAGGGCUUCCCAGGUCUCCUCUGAGUUUAAACAGGGAGACCAAAGCUACCUGCGACUGUCUUUUGGGCAGUUCUUUGGACAACGCUCUGAAGCCCUGGGCUGCCUGGGUAACAGUGAUGAGGAUGCAGUGAAACGGCCCUCCUUUGGCUACGUUAUAACUUCUCCAGAGAAGAGGGAACCGUUCGCCCUAAUUCAUCCUGCAGAGUUCUCAGCUAAAGAAAGCUCACUUCAAAAUGACACUUCAGAACUCAGUGAAGCCGAUAAGACACUCAACCCAGAGGACCUGGAUAAAACUCUUGAGGCACCUGGUGGAAGGAUGUCACCCAAAGGUGAUACCAACUCAGAACCAAGAGCACAGGAGAAACCUGUUAAUAGAGCUGCCCUGCCCAGCCACACUGAGAGCUCUACCUCUGAGUCAAACUUGAGUAAUCAAAGCUGCGUCUCCCCUGACGAAAACAACAGCAGCCAUCUGAUGCUGAGUAUCAGCACAAUCGCUUCGGCCAUUGCUGAUGCGUCCAUCAGCACUGACCCAUCACAGCUGGCUGCCAUGAUCGUGGAACUGUCGAAGAGGAGUAGAGUGAAGACUCGACCUGAGCCAACAGCUCAUGGUGGACCCGCUAUCAACUGCACAGACGGACCACAAUCAGCUGAACCUAUCCCUCAUGAGCUGGAUCACAGAGCACUAAUGGACACACUCCAGAGAAGCACAUGUGUUGGAGAGCUGAGUGCAUUCGACAUAGAGAAGUAUCUGAAAAAGAUUGAUAUGUCAGUAAGCAGUGAUGCUUCUGUGGCACACACUACCUUUGACCUGACUACCUGGGCUGAGAACUUGAGCUCUCAGAGGAACCCCCCGGCAGUCAGUCCUGAGGAACAGGAGAGCUCAACUAGGUCUCAACAGGAACCUACAAUUACAACAACUGGAGAAAAAGACAGACGAGGAGGGCCAACAUUGAACACUAGCUCACCUGCGGUGUCCCUUUCCAAUGCAUCAUCUCAAAGUCAUAAAGUUGACUCGAGAAGAAGCUCUAUUCCUCGUUCAAGUACAUCUUUCAGCUCUGGCAAAAGAUCUGUAGGUCUAGAGCAAUCUUGUAAUCUCAAGACCCCCGCAGACAAAAUGGCAGCUUAUGAAAAUUACGCUUCUUCUGCCACCAAGAUUUGUGGCUCCUCAAGCCAGACCCUCACAGAAAAUGUAGCCAAGGCAGGAGAGCUGAACCCACUUGCAUCAAACAAUAUGAGGUCUUGCUUGGAAACGUCACAAUCUGGCUCGCAAAGAACCUCACCAGGAAGGAGGAACAGGCAGUCAGGACUGCCUCACAUUAAAGGUUCCUCUCCUCCGACACAGAGGUUGAGGAGUUCAGGCCAGCAGCAGCAUAACAGACCCAGUUAUUCUCCGGAGAAGAAAGCGCUUUCCAGGAACAACAAGGCUGCUUCACUUUCUUAUCCUUCCUUCGAGAAGCAUGCUGGAUUCUCUUUCCAAAACACCCAGCCUCCACAAGACACUGCAUCUGAUCUGCCGAAAGGUUUUUCUGAGCCCUGUGUAGAGGAAACCCAGUGUAACUUCAGACCGUCCACCUCUCCGCUUACUCACUCUUCUCCAAGUCAGACGUCCAUCCCCAGUGCUGACGGUUUAGGGUCCCCGGCAUCGACCAGUGGAGGUCUAGCAGACAAAUGUCCAGUGUUAGACCUCUCUCCUCAGUCUACCUGCUCCAGCCCUAGCAUCAGCAGGCUGACAUACAUCUCAAUGAAUGACGGCACGGUCAUACCUACACCUGCAAGGCAAAAGAAUAACUGUACCAUGGCUCUCAGCACCACCAUCAUCAGAUUCAGUCCGACUCCACCUGUGGAACAGGAUACACAGACUAACCUUGAUAUUACCCGCCAGCCCAGCUUGGACCAGAUGCAACCUCAGCAUUCUAAAAGUCUUGACCCACUACCAUCACAACAACAAUGUAAAAGCCCAGAUCCCUCAUGUAGUGGUCCUGCUCUGACUUGUACUCGUAGCCAGAGUGAAUGUAACUACCACUGCCCUGGGGACAGAACUGGUGAUCUCUCAGCAGGUUACAGGAACCAAGGCCCCCUCUCUGGAUCCAAUGUACGACAGCUCACUAAAGUGGACUCGGGCUAUUGCAGUAAUCUCAACAUUCCACAAACCAGCAGCACUGCAGCUCCACAGAGCUCCCAGCAGUGGGGAGCAUCUAGCUCGGUGUCAUCGUCUGUGUACGGUGCUGGCCUUGGCAUGCCUCCGUCCUACUCAUCAGAUGGACUUCACUAUGUGCCAAUCCCUAGCUUUAAGCCCCAAUGUCCUGGACUUAUCGACCUUCCCCACCAAAGAGAUGUGCAGUCCCUCCCCACUGGACACCCUGUCUUCAAUCCUCAGCUAACUCAACAGUAUUUGGGACCCGAGGCUUCAUUACAUCCUGGUGUUUAUCAUGGAACAGGAACUGGUCUCUUCAGUAUGUCCUCUACAGGCAUACCCAACAGUAAUCUCAUGGUGAGACACACCCAUCACCCAUCAGGUCCACUGGGGAUACCUGGGGCUGCUGGGUCCCAUAACCUCCCUAGAACCCAUCACUGCCAACAGGACAUGGGAAUGAUGGGAAAACCCUAUGGUCAUUUCGGUGCUGAGCCCCUUGUGGGAGGUGGUCUUGAGGAACUUAAAGGCCAAGUGAUGGUACCAGAGGAACUGCGGUUUCCCCACUCCUGCUGUGUAGGCAUCGCUUCUCAGACCUCACUCAGCCUCUUCAACCCCUCUGAGAGAUGGCAACAAGUGUCUAUCAGUGUCAGCAGCCUGGCCAUUGAUGGAGAAAAGGUUGACAAUUUGCCGUACCAAUGGCUGAUAAUCAAAAACAAGACCAUCAUUGGCCCGAAGAGCACGGAGGAGCAGAAGGUUUUGUUCAUCCCGCCUCAUGCUGGCGUCUAUCAGUGUGUUCUCAGUGUUUGCUCAUGGCCUGCUUCUGCUGAAACAGAGGUUGCUGCCAGGGCCAAUAUCUUUGCUAAAAGGGUCGUGCUGGUUGCCAUAGCAGAGAAUCCUGCACUAGAGGUUGAAGUAGGUAAAUCUGGCUGUCUAGACUUUGGAGACCUUCCAGGAGGCAGUGCCAAAUCACUUCCUGUCACACUGCUCAACCGGACUCAUGCUACAAUGCCCAUCCGCCUGGUCAUCAGCGCAAACGCUACAGCCUGGCGAUGCUUCACCUUCUCCAAGCAGCCUGUUCUAGCAUCGUCUGAGGCAACUCAACAGGAUGGACACAUGACCACCGGGUCUUCUCCCUCUGUGAUGAAUCAUGUGAUGCAUGCCAGCUACGGAGAGGAUCAGCAGGGCUUCACGGUCUGGGUUCACUUCAGAGCCCCUCAGAAGUACACAGCCUCUUCAGAAGACCUCGGCCCAGCUGAUGAGUACAGUGCUCGGGUGGACAUUGAAGUGGACUCUCCAGGUCCGAGCCAUGUCAUUAGGAGUAUACCCCUCAGGGCGAGGUCUGGAACUGCAAGGGUUCAUGCUCCGAAGGACCUGCAGACUGUCAGCCUGUCUGCUCCACUGGGUAAAUCAAGUCAACAGAUGCUGCCAUUAAAGAAUGCAGGAAACAUCGAUGUGCAGCUGAAACUCAAGCGCAGCGAUGCUGAGGACAGUUUCUCAGUGACACCUGAUGAACUGUAUCUGAGAGUGGGAGAGGAGCAAGGCAUCAUGGUCUCUUUCAAAGCUCAGAGCAGCAGGAAAUAUAGAGAAAGCCUUCUCACCAUCCUAGUGCUGCCAUCAGGUCCUCAGUAUGAAGUAACGAUGAAAGGAGAAGUCAUCCCAGAGGAAUCGAGGAAACCUGCCUUUCCCUCCUCUGCUGUCAUUGGUCCUGGUGUGGCCGCGGAUGUUCCACCAAUUCUUUCUAACAAACAAUUUGUAGCCUGGGGAGGGGUCACUUUGGGACGAGCUGUUCAACAGAAGCUGGUCCUGAGGAACAACUCGACAAACGUAACACAGCAGCUACGGUUGCUUAUACGUGGUCAAGACCAGGACUGUUUUCAGCUCCAGAGUAUGUUCAGUCCUGAAGAGCGCCUGACCCGACAUGGGGAGCUGUCUAUUCGUCCGAGGGAAGACGUGACUGUUCACCUGCUCUUUGCUCCCACCCGAGUGGCCUGCAUGUUGGCCAAGCUGGAAAUCAAACAGUCCGGAGUCCGGCCUUCACAGCCUGGGGUUAAAUUCACUAUUCCACUGUCAGGCUAUGGUGGGACCAGUAACAUCAUCCUGGAGGACCAGAGGAAACAGGCAGAUGGCUAUGAAGCAAUACUAAGUGACAUUGCUGUUAGUCGCGUCAGCAAAGUGUGUCUAUGCGUUAGGAACACUGGCUCCAGAGCAGCUUUCAUCAAAGCUGUGGCCUUCUCUGACGUGCAGACACGAACAGUUAUGGAACCCUCUGUGAUCAGCCUGGCUCCGUCACAGUUUGUGCUGAAGGAAAGGACCCAAGAGGUGAUUACUGUGCUAAUGAAGUCCACCCAAAGAGAGUUUUCCCUGAGUCUGUCAGGGAGUGCCCUUCUUGCUUCAAUCUGUCUGUUUUGCGGAGAUGAGAUGUCCAGGCAACAGUACAGGAGAUUGCUUCAGAGUAAACCCGAGGCUGUGGGAAAGGCUCUGUCUGAGAACAGUCUGCUAAGAAACAUUAACUUUAAUGAGAAGUUCCUGGGAGAAGAAAACAUUGAUGAGACCUAUGACCUGCCUCAAAGACCCAAUGAAGCUCAUAUCUUUUAUGGAAACAUGAGUAAAAUAAUGGUGUCAUUACUGGGAAGUACAAAGAGUGCUGACUGUGAGCAGAGUGACCCUGCUGAGCUGCUGCCGCCCUCUGUGAGACACACUUCAGAGACACACAGUGGUUUGCCAAAUGGUAACGUGUCCCUGGAUGUGCUACCAGUGAAAGGUCCCCAGGGUCCAGCACUGAGAGUGACCGAGUCCUCCUUGCAGACCUCUGACUCUUGGACAAUACAUCCAGAACAACUUGUUCUCGCUGCUCCUACCAUCAGUGGUGCAGCACCGACCAGCCAGGUUCAGAUCCGUAACAAUACGUCCAGAGAACUGAACUUUGAUUUGUCCUGGCCCGCCCACUGCCUCACCAUUACCCCACAGCAUGGAACUAUUGAGCCUCAGUGCCAUCUUCAGAUAUUGAUCAGUCCAAACCCUUCCCUAGCAACAAAACCUGCCCUGCUUCCAUGGAGCGGGCAGAUUUAUGUCCAGUGUGAUGGUCAACAGAAAUUGAUAAAGGUCCAGAUACGUCAGGACCUGGCUCUGGAUGUGUCUGCGGCCCCAGGAGACACAACUCUGUCAGCACUGCCUCCUCAGGCCGCCACCCCAGUGCUGCCUGUAAGCAGGCUGCCCACCAAUCCCAUGCUACCUUCACAGACCCCACAGGCACCUCAAGCCCUGGUGGAGAUCAGCAACAAGACCAUCAUCUUCCCCAACACUCUGUCAGGGGAAACAUCAGACGCCCAGCUGGAGGUGCAGAAUGGGAAAGUGGAAGUGCGCUGGUAUCUGUCAUCAUUUGCUCCACCAUAUGUCAAGGGGGUUGACCACUCUGGAGAUGUUUACCGGGCCACGUACACUGCUUUUAGAUGCACAAGGAUCUCUGGCACUCUGGGAGCCCACGAGAAGAUGCAGGUGCCAAUUACCUUCCUUCCCAGGGACAGAGGGGACUAUGCCCAGUUCUGGGACUUGGAGUGCCACCCUGUGUCUGAGCCACAGCAGAAAGCCAGAAUCCGCUUCCAACUCUGUGGCACUGGAACCAAGUAUGGACCGGUGGAAGGACCACACGAAGGAGACUGCUCUCUAGUGAAGACUGAGGCCACAGUCAAGACCAGGAAGAGAGCUGAGGUCUCAACAGUAAAAAACAGCCAGGAGGAGGCUGUGAGGAGAGGUGUGUAUUCUCCACAGGAUCUGUACACCUUCCCAGCCACACGUGCGGGUGAAUCCAGCACUCUGAAGGUCAACAUCCGCAACAACUCUUCGGAUACACACGAGCUGAAAUUUGUAAACCCUAGGGAGCCCUUCCACAUCAAGCAUUCCAAAUAUUCCCUGAGAUCACAGCACUAUCUGAAGCUACCUGUCCAGUUCAAGCCCAGUACUGCAGGCAGACACACGGGCUUGCUGCUCAUCCAGUCAGAAACAAGUGGAAGUCUUGUUAUUCAGCUGACCGGUGAUGCAUUACCUUGAACUCACCAUCUACCAACUUACGCCACCUCCUCAUACCGACUGGGAGGAUACUGUACCAAUCAUCAUGGAGCAGACACGGGGUAACAGAGAGAACUGAAGGAAAAAAAAAAACCCAAUCAAAUAAAGGCUACCUUGAAAUCUGAUGAAAAUCUUCUCUCUCAUCAUAUUUGCUGACGUCGACUGUAGCUGUUUAACUGGAGAUGACUGAGACCUCACUGCCAACACAGACCCAUCUGCCUCUGGAUGUGGCACAGGUGUCCUCAGUUAGCCUGUGAAAAAUGAUUGUGCCUGUUAGUGCCUGAAGCUGAAGGAUUUGGUCAGGCUGGCUCACAAUUAUUCUGCACCAGUCUUGCAUUUCUGGGACUUAAAGAUUUUUUGUCACUUGACUCUGGAUCUGGUGUUUGUCUUAACCCCCAAGUCAUGUCACAAGGCAGCAUUGUUGUUGCUUUGGCCCCUGCCAGACAGUACCAGUUAGACUAUGUUGGGGAUUACUUUGAGUUGAUCACAAAGGAAUGCCUUUGUCUCUUGUUUGGUAACCCACUGCUAGGAUUCUUUUGUUUGUUUGCCUCUGGAAAAGGUAAAAAAAAUGUGUUUUAUUUCUGGAUAAAAGUAAAAAUCUUAAAAACAGGACAUGUCAUGUUUCUCCCCCUAGUUUGACACCAGAUUAAAAAAAAAAAAAAACAUGUGUCAUGAACUUGUGAUUGGAAAAGGACAACCAGAAAUGUAUGAAUUCAUUUUUCCACCAUAUAAUCUAAGUGACUCCUCAUCAUGCAUCGCCCACCUGCAGUAACUUUUAUCAGCACCAUGUGUUGACUUCCCCAGCAACCUCCAAGGCUCGUUCCAAGCAGUCCAGAUGCAUUUCAUUUAGUCAUGAACAGGGCAGCUCGCAGCAACAUCGGGAUGCUUAAUGAUUGUUAUUACAUGCUAAAAGUGGUGGGCUUUUGUUCGGCAGCUUGCCAGGCCUGCUUAGUAUGGUUACCAUGGCAAAACAGUGUUAAUCACUGCUCCAGUCACAGAAAAUUAGCUCCCCAUUUCCUCUUCUGGCUCUUGGGCAAAUGGCCAAUAUUGCUUUGGGGUAUUGGAGUUACAUCCAUAACGGGUUUUGGCACUGGAAGGGCAUAGGGAGAGUCAGGUAAAUGUGAUCAAGGAUGUACUGUUAAGCUUGUCGGUGUCACACAUUAGAAAUGAAAAACACUAGUGUAACAUUUGAUGUUCGUGCUUGUAGAUAGAGCUUAAAUAAAGAUUAAAAAAGCAGGCUUUAGGCGUCUCUCAAUGUACCCUGCCUACUAUCCUGACAUUGUUUGAGUUACAAUUUGCACAUUCUUUAAAUAGUAUAUAAUGUAAUAUAUAAUUGUAUGUACACAUUUUGAAUAAAGUUUGUGAUUAUGAA